UUGAUAUUCGUGAAAUCAAGGAGAUCCGUCCAGGGAAGACCUCACGAGACUUUGACCGCUAUCAAGAGGACCCUGCUUUCCGACCAGACCAGUCACACUGCUUUGUCAUCCUCUAUGGAAUGGAAUUCCGCCUGAAGACCCUAAGCCUGCAAGCCACAUCUGAGGAUGAAGUGAACAUGUGGAUCAAGGGCUUAACUUGGCUGAUGGAGGACACAUUGCAGGCAGCCACACCCCUGCAGAUUGAGAGGUGGCUCCGGAAGCAGUUCUACUCCGUGGAUCGGAAUCGUGAGGAUCGUAUAUCAGCCAAGGACUUGAAGAACAUGCUGUCUCAGGUCAACUACCGGGUCCCCAACAUGCGCUUCCUCCGCGAGCGGCUGACGGACCUGGAGCAGCGCAGCGGGGAUAUCACCUACGGGCAGUUUGCUCAGCUGUACCGCAGCCUCAUGUACAGCGCCCAGAAGACGAUGGACCUCCCCUUCUUGGAAGCCAGCUCUCUGAGGACUGGGGAGCGGCCAGAGCUCUGCCGAGUGUCUCUUCCUGAGUUCCAGCAGUUUCUCCUUGAGUACCAGGGGGAGCUGUGGGCUGUUGACCGACUCCAGGUGCAGGAGUUCAUGCUCAGCUUUCUCAGAGACCCCUUGAGAGAGAUCGAGGAGCCGUACUUCUUCCUGGAUGAGUUUGUCACCUUCCUGUUCUCCAAAGAGAACAGUGUGUGGAACUCCCAGCUGGAUGCAGUGUGUCCAGACACCAUGAACAACCCUCUCUCCCACUACUGGAUCUCCUCCUCACACAACACGUACCUGACUGGGGACCAGUUCUCCAGUGAGUCCUCCCUGGAAGCCUAUGCUCGCUGCCUGCGGAUGGGCUGUCGCUGCAUUGAGUUGGACUGCUGGGAUGGCCCAGAUGGGAUGCCUGUCAUUUACCAUGGGCACACCCUUACCACCAAGAUCAAGUUCUCAGACGUCCUGCACACCAUCAAGGAACAUGCCUUUGUGGCCUCAGAGUAUCCAGUCAUCCUGUCCAUUGAGGACCACUGCAGCAUUGCCCAGCAGAGAAACAUGGCCCAGUACUUCAAAAAGGUUCUUGGGGACACUCUCCUUACCAAGCCUGUAGACAUUGCUGCUGAUGGGCUCCCCUCACCCAACCAGCUCAAGAGAAAAAUCCUUAUCAAGCACAAGAAGCUGGCUGAGGGCAGUGCCUAUGAGGAGGUGCCCACCUCUGUGAUGUACUCUGAGAAUGACAUAAGCAACUCCAUCAAGAAUGGCAUCCUCUACCUGGAAGACCCUGUGAACCACGAAUGGUAUCCCCACUACUUCGUACUGACUAGCAGUAAAAUCUACUACUCUGAGGAGACCAGCAGUGACCAGGGCAAUGAGGACGAGGAGGAGCCCAAAGAGGCCACUGGGAGCACAGAGCUGCACUCCAAUGAGAAGUGGUUCCAUGGGAAGCUCGGGGCCGGACGGGAUGGGCGACACAUUGCUGAGCGCCUGCUCACUGAGUACUGCAUUGAGACUGGGGCCCCUGAUGGCUCCUUUCUAGUACGAGAGAGUGAGACCUUCGUGGGUGACUACACUCUGUCUUUCUGGCGGAAUGGGAAAGUUCAGCACUGCCGUAUUCACUCCCGGCAGGAUGCUGGGACCCCCAAGUUCUUCUUGACGGACAACCUUGUUUUUGACUCCCUCUAUGACCUCAUCACACACUAUCAGCAGGUGCCCCUGCGCUGCAAUGAGUUUGAGAUGCGCCUUUCAGAGCCUGUCCCACAGACCAAUGCCCAUGAGAGCAAAGAGUGGUACCAUGCGAGCCUAACCAGAGCACAGGCCGAGCACAUGCUGAUGCGUGUACCCCGUGAUGGAGCCUUCUUGGUGCGGAAACGGAAUGAGCCGAACUCAUAUGCUAUCUCCUUCCGGGCUGAGGGCAAGAUCAAACACUGCCGCGUCCAGCAGGAGGGCCAGACUGUGAUGCUGGGGAACUCCGAGUUUGACAGCCUCGUAGACCUCAUCAGCUAUUAUGAGAAGCACCCGCUGUACCGCAAAAUGAAACUGCGCUACCCCAUCAAUGAGGAGGCACUGGAGAAGAUCGGCACAGCUGAGCCGGACUACGGGGCCCUCUAUGAAGGCCGCAAUCCUGGCUUCUAUGUGGAGGCAAACCCUAUGCCAACUUUCAAGUGUGCAGUCAAAGCUCUAUUUGACUAUAAGGCCCAAAGAGAAGAUGAACUGACCUUCACCAAGAGCGCCAUCAUCCAAAAUGUGGAGAAGCAAGAUGGGGGCUGGUGGCGAGGGGACUAUGGUGGGAAGAAGCAGCUAUGGUUCCCAUCAAACUAUGUGGAAGAAAUGGUCAACCCAGCAGCUUUGGAGCCUGAGAGGGAGCACUUGGACGAGAACAGCCCUCUGGGGGACUUGCUGCGUGGGGUCUUAGAUGUGCCAGCCUGUCAGAUUGCCAUCCGUCCUGAGGGCAAAAACAACCGACUCUUCGUCUUCUCCAUCAGUAUGGCAUCAGUGGCCCACUGGUCGCUGGAUGUUGCAGCUGACUCACAGGAGGAGCUGCAGGAUUGGGUGAAAAAGAUCCGUGAAGUGGCCCAGACAGCAGAUGCUAGGCUCACCGAAGGGAAGAUGAUGGAACGGAGGAAGAAGAUCGCCUUGGAGCUCUCUGAGCUUGUCGUGUACUGCCGGCCUGUUCCAUUUGAUGAAGAGAAGAUUGGCACAGAACGUGCCUGCUACCGGGACAUGUCAUCCUUCCCGGAAACCAAGGCUGAGAAGUAUGUGAACAAGGCCAAAGGCAAGAAGUUCCUACAGUACAAUCGGCUGCAGCUCUCCCGCAUCUACCCCAAGGGCCAACGGCUGGAUUCCUCCAAUUAUGAUCCUUUGCCCAUGUGGAUCUGUGGCAGUCAGCUUGUGGCCCUCAACUUCCAAACCCCAGACAAGCCUAUGCAGAUGAACCAGGCCCUCUUCAUGGCUGGUGGGCACUGUGGCUAUGUGCUGCAGCCAAGUACUAUGCGAGAUGAGGCCUUUGACCCCUUUGACAAGAGCAGCCUCCGAGGGCUAGAGCCCUGUGCCAUCUGCAUCGAGGUGCUGGGGGCCCGGCAUCUGCCAAAGAAUGGCCGAGGCAUUGUGUGUCCUUUUGUGGAGAUUGAGGUGGCUGGAGCUGAGUAUGACAGCACCAAGCAAAAGACAGAGUUUGUAGUGGACAAUGGACUAAACCCUGUGUGGCCAGCUAAGCCCUUCCACUUCCAGAUCAGUAACCCUGAAUUUGCCUUCCUCCGCUUUGUGGUGUAUGAGGAAGACAUGUUUAGUGACCAGAACUUCUUGGCUCAGGCUACUUUCCCUAUAAAAGGCCUGAAAACAGGAUACAGAGCGGUGCCUUUGAAGAACAACUACAGUGAAGACCUGGAGUUGGCCUCCUUGCUCAUUAAGAUUGACAUUUUCCCUGCUAAGGACAAUGGUGACCUCAGUCCCUUUGGUGGUACAUCCCUGCGGGAACGGGGCUCAGAUGCCUCUAGCCAGCUGUUUCAUGGCCGUGCCCGGGAAGGCUCCUUUGAAGCCCGCUACCAGCAGCCUUUCGAGGACUUCCGCAUCUCCCAGGAGCAUCUCACAGACCAUUUUGACAGCCGGGAACGAAGGGCCCCAAGAAGGACUCGGGUCAAUGGAGACAACCGCCUCUAGUCAUGCCCAGCCUUGUUGGAGAGCAGCAAGUGCUGUGCGCUUCGUGGAAUGCUGUGAACUGGGUUCUCUGGAAGUGUCUUGCUAUGGCAGCCUUCCUGGUCUUGCAGCCUGGAGCCUGGAUUCCAGCAGUGAAUGCUAGACAAAACCAAGCCAUUAAUGAGAUGUAUGUUUUGGGCCUCCACGCCCAGCUCUGGGUGAAGGCAAAAACUGUACUGUGUCUCGCAUUAAGCACACACAUCUGGCCCUGACUCUGGAGAUGGAUUCUUCCAUCUUGUGGUGUCAGGACCAGGGCUGACGCCCCUUGGAGAGAUAGGCUGCCUCAGUGGCAGCACAGGAGGCUUCAAGGGGCCACUGACAUUCCUGAGAUUGGAGGAGAAGGAUGAUCCUUGCUGGGCCAGGGAAAGAAACAAAGUUUACAUUGUCCUGUAGCUUUAAAACCACAGCUGGGCAGGGUGAGAAGGUGGAUGCUCCUGCAGUUUGGCCCAGGAGCCAGGCCAGAGGAACACAGGGCCUGUGUGGAGAAGGGCUCUGCCCUGCCCAAGGAGGAGGAUACAGCACAAGGGCACAUUGCCCACGGCUAGGGACACUACCUAGUCUGGAAGAUACAGGGGAUCAUGAUAAAAAUAGCAGUAUUAUUUUUCUUCUCAGUGGUAUUGUAACUAAGUUAUUUACUCCUCCUGCUCCUCACCCUCACAGGGAAACCUCAGAGCAGAGCCUUUGAGAGUGGCUGCCAGCCAUGUCAGGAGGCUGCUGUCUGUGGGGUGGUAAGGUAAAGGAGGAAAGGGCGGGAAGAGAAAAUAGCAAAGCCUAUCCUGGUGAGCUUUUUUUGUUUGUUUGUUUUUAAGGCAAGGAAGACUCAAUAUGCUCUCCCUUAGGCAUGAAAAGGGGUUAGAGAGUUGCCUGCCUCAUGGGUAGAUAGAGUCAGGUGGUCAGGUGCUGAAUGAAGCUGCUGGUUCAGCACAGCUUCUGUGUAGCUGGUGAAAAGAUGCAAGGAAGGAGAUGGAAAGGUUGGGAAGGCAGCCCCCGGUUCUGAUGACAGAGACUGGGGUAUAGGCCUGUGGGCGCAAAGGUGCCUCGUAGCAUAGCCAGCAUUCAGCACACGCAAACCCACUGCCCACAUUUGGGCUCAGGGUUGGCCAUUUGCUAGUUCUGCUGCCCUCUUAAGAUCUGACUGCCAAAUAAAUCAUCCUCAUGUCCUUUUUCCUUUAACUUGUUUACUUAUUGAGGGGGGCUCAGGAAAGCCUGGUGACAUUUGGCAAUAGAACCAAGUGUAUAGUUUCUGGAAGUUUCUCAGGUCUUCCUUCUGAGCUAACAGAAGGUGUGAGGCCACUUUUCUACCACCUGAUCUUCUGGGAGCGUGGCUGGAUGGAGCACAUCCUGCCGGAGCAAGCCCAGACUCUCCUGUUCAGCCAGCUGUGGUGAGCAGGAAGCAACCACAGAAAUCUCUUCAGAAGAACAGUGUUCAGAUGUGUGCUGCCACGUGGUCCUCUGGUUGCCUCUCUAGCUUUUGUCCAGAACUUGUGGGCCACAAUAUGGUGAAAAGGCUGGUCUCUUCCCUGAGGCUCUAUUUUUGUAGCAGUCUGUACUGGGGCACAGUGUGGAACAAAAAUGCCUCAGAUAAGAGUAUAAAACAGUGCAUGGUGUGUACUGGCCUUAGCUGUGCUGCUCUGGUUCUGGCUAAUCAGCCACUUUCUUCCUAGAGCUUCACCCCAUUGCAGAUAGGAGCUGGAGUUCUCUCCCACACAUGUGAUAGGCGGGAAUUGAUUGGGCUCUCAUGAUCCCUGUUUUCCCAGAGAUUCUUGUGGCCCAGGAGGAAACAGUCUUCCUUGUCACGGCAGGGAGAGGUCUGUGCUGGCACUGUCUGCAUUGCUGUGUGAUGGCCUUGACUUGUGGGAGGCUGACCAUUUUAAUUUCCUCAGUACAAUCCUCCAUUACUGAAUAAAAAUGCCCUUUUGGAAUAUGGCCUGGGAGAAGUGCAGCUCUGACUUCCCUAAGCAGCUUCACAGACUUGAAGUUAAUCUAUCUUUGCCUCCCUACCACCUUGCCUUUGCCUCUUAUUGCAAAUGUUUUCAUCUUUCCUUCAGCCAGGCAAAUUUCAAGAUCAGUUUCAUCUCAAAUUCCUCCAGUCAGGUCUGACCAUUGUCAACUGACCCAAGAAGGCGGUUGUGUGGGUAGAGGGACUUACUUAGGGCUAUAUAUCUUGGCCUCUGGUGGUUGGUUGCCUCACUCUAUGCGUGUAGGCUGAGUCCCUACAUGUGACAGCUUGGGCAGUAUUACCUUCUACCCAAUGGGUUAUAACCUGUGGAGUUUAGCUCUCCCCCUUGGGAACUUAAGAAAAAUAUCAGUACAUGGAGCUCUCACAUGGGGAUUUUUUAUGUGCUCCCUGGGUGAUGAGAAUGAGUGGUCAGAGUUGAGAACCACUGACUUGGGCAGAGCAAACCAAAGGAACAGGGUUGGAAGGGGAAGUCAAUGGUACCAGGAGCAUAGAAGAAGAAAAGUAUACUUGAUUCUGGCUAGCAGACCAGGGACAAGGGUCAAAGUGGCAGGCUUCAACUUUUACCAGCUGUUACCUAAUGGACAGAGCAUUGCCUAUGAUGUCAGGGUAUUCUCCCUCUUGCCACCAGACUGAAGAUGGCCCUCUGGGAAGAAGCCAGGAACAGGUUUUUUUUUUUUGCCUCAGUUGAGGAAACCCAUUGACAAAUACCUGUGGUGUGAGCAAAAAAGGCAGCUGCCUCCCAACUAUGUAACUUACCAUCAUCUUUCACCUUAUCAGUUCUGUUGAAGAGGAAACCUAGGUUUUCCCACCUAACUAGCUCAGUGAGAAAACACGGUCUUUUCUUCCUUCACAUUGUAAUUAAAUGUGUUAAGCCCUGUCUUGGCCUGAGAGGCCUCUCCUCCCUAGGUGGUCUUUGGAAAUACCUAGAGGACUUAGGCCCAGUGGGUUGGACUGGGACACAGCAGCCCUCCUGCUGGCCAGUAUUGCCAACCCCACCCAAAGUAUGUCCUGAAUGAGCGUGAGUCUUGAGUCUACCAUGGGACUCAGGUGAUGGGCUCCACAGUUUACAGUAGUUUGUACUAGUUCAAGGACCUAGCUUCAACAUGCUGCUUUCCUAGGCCUUGAUGACUAACUAACCAGAAUCAUUGCCGUGCCUUGGUUUGUUUCUGCCUCAGGUGAUUUUAGUUUAGGGGUCCUUUUUUUCCUUUUGCCAAGCCCCUCAGGACUAUCCCAACAGAAUUCAGAUAAACCUUUUUGGUUUUAGCCUCGUCUUCCAGAAGGCCCUGCCUCCUUGUGCAUGUUGCCAAGCCCUCAGCAAAUGACAUGCUUUCCUGUCAAAAAGGAAAAGAAAACUAGAUAAAAGUCCUCUCAUCAGAAUCUGAUGGUUCCAGCUCCAACUGUUUGCCUUUUGUCUAUUACCUUUUCUCUAUUAAGUGCAACUUCUACGCACCACAAUUUCACACGGAAGCUGUUACAGUGAGCUCAGCAAUACAGGAGACAGGCAAACUGGAACUUCUCUCCAGUGAGCUGAGGAAACCCCCACCUAUCUUCCAGAGUUUCGAGGUCAGUUUUGCCCUCAGAAUAAAUCAGAGCCCACAGUGAUUUUAUCUUACUUUGUAUGACUCCCACAAAACAAGCAGAUGGGAAAUGUAUAUACAUUUUUAUUUAGGAACAAUCAAAACAUUUGAAGUACCAUUGAGGCCUAUUUCAAACUAUACAAGCAAUUUGUCUCCGUUCCCCUCCCUUAUCCAAAUCCACAGAUAGAAAAUCUAGGAUAUGUGCAAUUUGCAUUUUAGAAAUAGCAGCAUCCCCACAGGGGACCUCAUGAGGCCUGGAGAUUUAGCUCAAAUAGGACAACCCCUGCACCUCCCAUCUUGGCACAACCACAGUCCACACCAAAGACAAGCGCCAUCUUUCCAUUAAAACAUUUAUCAGGGUAAAGAGUUCCAUUCAACCCAGGUCUAAAUGGCAGUAUGCAAAUUUGUUUGGUCUCACACUUGGUCAUAAUAGUUGGUGGGACUCAGACAGUUUGGCAUGUUUUAGCUUGCCUCUGGACAGAGACAGGACAGUUUUUCCUCACUUAGCACCAGGAUGAUUACUUCACUCAUCCCUGGGAGACAGGAAGCACAUUGGGAGUAAACUGUCCAACUCAUUCCCCAGGGAACAAAGGGGUUUGUAUUGAAGAUCAGAAUCCAGAUGGGUGCUAGAGGAAUCGGGACUUGGUCAGGAAGGAACCCACAGGCAUUUGGCAACCUCCCUGACUUCCACAGAGGCUGUCAGUAAAACUCAAUAAACAAUAGAGACAGAGGAAGGUUGGCGUGUUUUCUCUGUUUAAUAACAAUUAUGGCACAGUCUGACCCUCCUGACACAGCUUAACAAAGCAGCUGCUCAGAAACAUGGGGGAGUUCACUGCCCAGGGUGGCCACUGCUGCCCUGGCCCUUUCCAGUUCCAUGGGGAGAAACCGGACAGUCAUGCUGGAGCCCUGCUGAAGAGUGGGUGCUGGCGCUCUAUCCAGCAGUCUCAUGUGGGGCUCUGAACCUUCGUCAAACAAGCUGCAAGAAUGAAACUGCUACAUGGGCAGGAAGCAGGGACAAGUGAAAAGCUCUCUUUAAAUACAAAUUACAGAUUAACAGGCACCAUGUGGUUGACUCUAUGGGGGCUUGUUUUGAGAAGAACCAGGUGCGUUCAGGCUUUGUAUGUUAAGUGACCAAGCAACCUUUAUGCUAAACAUUUCACCUUAUAUUCCAGUCACAUUAAUUCUGAAUCACUCAUUUGCCAUGGAAGGGAACACAAGUUAAAAAGAACUGACCAAGCAAAGCGACUCAUUAACACAGGUGUCCGUCUGUGUGCAUAUGGUGCAUGCACACUUGGGCAGUCUCCUGGGCGAAGAGGCAGGCACUGGUGGCAGGUAAACGUGGGCCCCUCUCAGGUAUGCUGGCUUGCCACCUGCCUGCCCAUGUGGACAGCAGGAAGAUAGAUAGAUACCAGGCAGCAAGAAAAGCAGGCGACCAGAGUCCCUGCCAGAACAGCCGCUUUGGCCCCUCCUUCCUCAGCUCUGCCUGGCUCCUGCCCAAGCAGCGGCAAGAGCCAAGCUCUAGGGAGGGCAGAGAAUCACAAAGCAAUAACUACAUCCUCUUGAGUCCUUUCAGUCCUGCAACCCAAAAGGUGACUUUUAAAACCAGAGAAACAGGUGUUUGCCUCUGUCCUUGUCCAUGUGGCGACAAGGCGUUGCCUGGUCUUAUCCCCAGACUGCAGGGCAGGGCAGUUACAAGUGGGUGGCUCCUGCUGGAUCCUGGGCUUUAAAAAAUUUCUGCAUUCUGAAGAACUAGGCCCCUUUGCAAAUAGAGGUCACAUUUGUGGGCAGGACAGGACAGCUGACUAAUGCUGACAAGAACUCAAAAGACCCCAAAGCAGGCUAAACUGCCCUCUCUAGGGCCACAUGCUCUGGUUGAGCUUUCACUUACCAAGUGCAGAUUCUGGGUCAACAAGAGUACCUGGGCUUGCUUUGCCAUGCAAGCUGCCCCAUGUGGCCUGGCACUGGAAGCACAGACUCCAGCAGAAACAAAUUCUAACCAACGUGUUGGUUCCAUUUGGAUGUCAAGCUGGGCUGGGGAGCAAUUUGGGCAGCACCAUGACUGAUUGUCACUUCCAUCUAGUCACUCAGCUCAAAUGAAACCAGCCAUUCUUUUGAUGAGGCCCCCCUCACAGCCUCAUCAACCUUGGGGUUGUAUGGCUUUGCCAUUUCUCUGCCCAUUGAAAUGGGCCAGAGCAAACCAAAGGGUGGGUACCUCGGUUGAAAGUCUGACUCAGGAAGGGGACCUGUGCUCAGAGAAAGGCUAAGAUCUUACCACUGCCUGCUGGCUCAGGUGCUGGAGUUCUUGGGAGACAGCCCCCAAGGUCUAGGGGGGUGGCUGUAGAGGUGUAUGCUCUCCAGAGAAGGAAGCUGGGCCAUCAGACCUGAAGAGGGCCUCCAAUCUAGAGAGAGGAGAACCAGGCUCCACUAGCUACUGCUACACUAGCUACUAGGCUGCCAGCUUUGGCCUGAACGAGCUGGCUGUGUCUAAAAGACUAUCCCCCAGCCUUGCCAAUGAACAUAGUACAUGAAAAUUUAGACUUAAUAUGAAAGUUUAUCUGCAAAGGUGAAGCAGUCCAAUAAACUUUCCCUGGUAAACAGCAGGGAAAGAGGAGGGGGAUUUAAGGGAAAGUCCAACCUCCACAUCUUGGUUCAGGAUUUUCUUCUUGGCUGCUUCUCCUGCAAAGUGGCCUGCAAUGUUUGAAAAGCCAAAGCUGCUUUAGUCUGAAGGUUUUGGUCCACACAAGAGACUAGGAAGAGGUAACAGGGCCCAAGGCAGAGACAGCACAGGCAGGCAGGUAAGGGAGAGACUGUACACAGAACCAUGAGCAUCCCAUCAGAAAACCAUCUUCCAGCUUCUAUGGAAGGCAGCUUGACAGAUCUCCCAGAGCCAGAGGGAGAGGGAGGGGACAGAGAAUCUGUCACUGAGCCACUAAAAAUAAGAUAAAACCCACAGAGCCAUUCAGCCUGGAGAAUACACUGGAGCUUCUUGGUGGGAAACUAUGAAUGCAGGUAGAAUCCCACCAGUUCCCACCCAGCAUUACCAAACUCCUUUUGCUUCCAGAGGGCAGUACGCCAGGCACAGGCUGGGGCACUUUGGUCUACUGGACAGCCACUUCGUUUGGCCAGGAGAAGGGAGUUACAAGUCUCAGUCACCACCAAACCUCCAGUGACAACCAGCCACCCAGCUAGAGUAUUCUUUUUUAGGAAGCCAAGACUCCCAAAAAUGACACUUUCUCCCUCUCCAAAUCCAAAUCAAAAAGCUCUUAUGUAAUGGAAAUAUGCAAAGUAUAGGUAUCAUAAACUCAAAUUUCCAUUAGUAGGGUAGUGGUCUAGUUUCACUUAUUAAAACUGAAUUUACAUCCCCAUGUAAAAAAAAAUCCAACAGGUACAAGCUACAGGCAACAAGAAACACUGAAACUUUACUACUUCUGAGUAGUCCAAGUACACACAGAAAAGAGUGGACAGAUUGACCUCUCAACUCUGCAGCCCACAGAAGUCUUUCUGAAAGGGACACAUACAACUUAACCCUUUGGCAGGGUGCACGAUCACAAUGAUCUGUCCUGCAACCAGACACACAUCCCCAACUCUGCUGUCUGUAUGGUUCUGACCUCUGGGCUGGUGGGGAUGCACCUGUGCCAGGCUUGCUGUACUCAGAGCUUAGCACCCAAAGACCUGGGUCCCUUAAAGCACCUCCUUCAGUGUCACCUUUGAUCUCUUCAAACCCAAGGUCCCAACCACAUUUUCUCAUUCCCAUCCAAAGGAAAAGAAGAAGCAGGGUCUGUCCAGCCCGCUGAGUUCCUUACCUGGGCAGUUUUAUCAUUUGUGGUAUGGCCCUGGCUACUGGGCAAUGCCCCUGAGAAAAACGUGCCAGGGCUGUGAUGACUGUAACUUUUCCACCUCAAAGAGAUGAGCUGGUACCUGAGGCUGGGGUAUUCUUUAUCUCCCACACGAACUUGUCUACCAUAUAACUUAUUCUUUUUUUCUGUUUUGCUGUUCGGGUUACAAACUGAAUCUCAACACUAACAACCAGUAAAAUUCUCUCUGUGAACACUAAUGCUUGGCCAGUGCAGCAGGUCAUGGGGGUGAUGCCAGCAGGCAGCUGGGGCGAGGCACUGGUGGUUUCUCAGAUGCUGCAGAUGGCUGUGUGCUGGGCUGCCCCAUGCCCCUGCAUUUCCCUCACACACAGGCUGCUUCUCCCGGCACCGUGUGUCAUGAAGCUCCUCAAAUAUACACAGCAAAUGUAUGUAUUAUGAGUAAAAUAUCAAAUGAGUAUUUGUACUGUAGAUGUGGAUAAAUUAAUCUGCAUGUAUAUAAACUCUAAAGGAAAAAUUCCAGGUGUCUGUUCUCUGAAAGAAGGCAGUAACUCAAUAUUCUUGGCAAUUUUUCAAAGGUUUUGGGGACCAAAUGCACUCUGCAAAUAGAAAGUACACAAAAAUGAGCUGCAAAACUUGCCAAUAUUCAAAAGUAAGAGACAAAUAAGAGGUGAUCCCUACAAGGACAGGAGGGCAGGAGAAACACUUUAGAACAGUGUUCAAGGGCUUUGGGUUUCCAAAGAAAUAUCUAUCUACUGGAAGGCAGGAAGUGCUGCUCCCAGAGCCAAACCAGCAAGGUGGUCUGGCCAUUCUGGUCCCCUGGGGUAGGGGUGGGGUAGGGGAGAACAGAGCCUACAACAGGACCAGUAUCUUCCCCAAAGCCCUUGCCCUCUCUGGGUCUCCUGGUGCUCCAUGCAGCCAGGUGCAGCAGGAGUGCCCCAGAGCACUGGUACUGUGCUUAGUGCUUCAGGAAGCAGGAGCUUCUAAGAGAUUUAGCAGAGCCACAGGUGACGUGACCUUAGCUUUCAGAGCAGCCAGCCUUGGGGAAACUGGGGCUUUACUAUUUAGUGCAGCUCUAUACGCAAGUUUACCAUUGUUUCAAAGGCACCUUUUCCUGUGAUUUUUUUAAUUCGACGAGGACAUGAGGGUUAAGCUAAAGUAGGUAGAGCUCGUUUCCAAGUUUGGGGUUACAAACAUAGAACUUUAACAUCCUCCUCACAAGGACCUGUCCAUGGGCUGGGGCACUCUGAGUGUUCUACCAGGACCUCCCACCUACAGGUCUUUGCUCCAGACCACCCCAUCCCUGGUCAUUCCCAAAUAAUUCUGAAGCGCUUAUUACCAGUCAGUGUGUUCUUCCCUCCCAACCUGCAGGAGGCUCUCUGAGUGUGGAGAAAGGGCUCUGAACACUCAAGGGCCACAGCCACAGGCUAUAUCCAUUUCCUUUUGCCAUUUUACUUUUACUCUGAAUUAAGGGAUGGGGGAAGAUGGCACAUUAUGCUUAACAAGAAAUGUUUCUUUAGUUGAUCUGAUAACCAGAUUCAAAGCAGAACUGCUGCAGCAACUGAAGACAGUGAUAAGAUCCAACACUAAUCUCACAGCUGAGCUGGCUGUUUUUGAACUUAGGGUAAGUGACCUCCAUACCCAUCAGUUUACAAAGCAAGGCAAGCCUGGCAUGAAACGUGGACAUCUCUUCAAAGAUGCUGCUGCCUGGAGAAAGGCAAAGCGGGGCCGUUGUCAGGGAAGAGGGAGGCAGCCACAGUUCUUAGUGUGCCUUUGACCCCUGCCCACUGUGGAAGGUGAGGACACCCAUGGUCCCAGUGUGCCUCAGAGAACAGACACGGCAUUUUUGAGAUGAUGUGAACAGUGUACUGUUCUGCUAACCAAAGUUUCUAUGUAAUGAAAAUGUUUGUAAUCUGAUCCUUUAUUAAAUGUAUAUAGGCAAAUGUAUAUGGUAAAAAC